CAGACUUUGCGGGCUUCUAGCCUAUUGCAAGGAAGCGUUGUCCCCGACCACAUCCCGUUUCCCUUUCUAGAGUGGUUUUCACACUCUCCUGCUGGCGGACACACUGCUGCUACGUACUACUCCUGUUGCCGUACUCCAUACGGGGGCGAGUACGUACUCCAUCCAGUACGAGUAAAUGAAUAGGUCCUCAUUAUUCACACUCCAAAGAUGGAACUGUUUCUUUUCCUUGCCCGCCGCUCGGCAGCGUCUCCGAUGAUCACCCUCGACCGAUGCGAAUUUGGCUCUGAGAUCGAGUGACGACCGUCCUGGUUGAUUUGAUCGUUUCCUCUUCGUCUGCCGCGUGCUUUUCUCUUUUGUUUUCUCUCUCUCCCUCUCUCUUCUUGGCCCUUUUAUUCUCGAGUUCAUUAGUCGUUGCUUAUUCCCCAUUCAGUUGGUUGUAUGUCGCCUUUGGAGGGGAUCAUUCCUCUCCCAGUCACUCCUUCAAAAUGUUAUUCCUCUGGUUCUUGUCAUUGUUUGCUCUCCGAGGUGUAGUCGCGAAAGCCGAGACUGAUAGUGAUUUGAUGUCCUUUGUCACGCUGCCGGAGGUCAGAGCAUUAAAAUUCGAUAUUGCCUACUACGAUCGCCCGGCUGUCAGUCCGGGGUAUUGGUUCGUUGCGCCAUAUGGCGUGAUUGAUCCAGAAGCACCCACGAAGCAAUGGAAACCUUGCCAAGUUGGACCCUACAUUUAUGACGCAGAUGGUGUUCUCAUCUGGGCCGGAUCUUGCAUGUUUGACAACCGCAACAUAUUCGAUUUCAAGGCCGUGAACAAUAUUGACAACGAAUCUCACCUUUCAUUCAUUCUUCAACAUGGCUACAACUCCGGUGCAGCGGACAAAGGAUAUGGUUACAUCCUCGACCAGCAUUAUGAGCCGGAGAAUGUAGUUGCAGUGACCAACGAUCUUGGGACCUUCAAUAUGCAUGAGUUCAAUGUCCUCGACGGCGGGAAGACAGCACUAGCUUGCGCCUACCGGAAUGAAUACGUGGAUCUAGGAGACCUUGGCCGGCCAAACGAGUACGGUUGGAUAGUCACGGGGGGGCUCGUCGAGCUGGACAUCGCGACAGGCGAGGUCUUGUUCGAGUGGAAUUCACUAGGAUACAUUCCCAUUCAUGAGUCUGUCAAAGUGAACGCCGACUGGCCGGCAUCCAAUGAACCUGGCUGGGAUUAUGUGCAUGUGAACGCGGCAGACAAAAACGCGGCAGGUGAUUAUCUGCUGUCUGCCCGAUUCACGAGCACGAUCUACUUGAUAUCCGGCGAGGACGGACGCAUCAUUUGGCGUCUGGGCGGAAAGUAUUCUGAUUUUGUCCAGGAUUUCACCUUUUCCAAGCAGCAUCACGCGCGGUUUGUGGAUUCCAACGCCACGCACACGACUAUCUCUUUUCUAAACAAUGCGUCUGAUGAGGCGGAGAACGAGGAGACGGUCUCAGCUGCGAUGUUCGUCCAGGUCGACACGACAACCAUGACGGCCCGCCUACUUGAUCGGUACGACCGGCCGGACGGCGACCUAACCAGGCUUCGUGGCAGUGUCCAAAGGUUGCCCAACGGCAACGUCUUUGUUGGCUGGAGCGAGCGGGGUUACCAGAGCGAACAUAGUCCCGACGGCAAGGUACUGAUGCAGGCUAACUUCGCAUCCACGCGCUUCUCUUCUUAUCGGUCGUACAAAUUUCCCUUCGUGGGUCGGCCUAGCCAACCACCGGACGUUGUGGCAUCGGUCUACGGGACAGACGAGACGGAUAUGGCAACCAUCUUGCAUGUCAGCUGGAACGGUGCAACGGAUGUUGCAUCCUGGAACUUCUAUGCACGCGUUGACCGGCAGGGUCUUCCAGUGCUGAUCGGCAACACCACCAAAUCCGACUUCGAGACCAUGUAUAUCGCCGAAGGCUACCUGGACUGGGUAUCAGUGGAAGCAGUGGACGGGGAUGGCAACGUUUUGGGCACAUCAGAGAUCCACCGGACGGAUACACCGCCGAACUGGCGCCUGGCCGGAUUCCAAGGCGAUGCGAAGCCCACGCCGGACGAUCCAGCUAUUCUAUAUGGCAAGCAGAAGGCGCCAGAGGAGGACGUGGAAGAGGUCGAUGAGGCAUAUGAAAAGGCCAAGGAGGAGGCCAAGGCCGUCAAUAUGGCCAAUGAGGUCAUUCACGGGGUGGGUGGCCUACUGAUUUUCAUUUUGGUGGUGUGUUCCGUCGGCGGGCUCCUGGCGGGCAGCUACUGGGUGCUUAAGCAGCGUCGUAUGCAGGCAUACUACGAGGUUCCAGUGGUGGAGGAUGGUUAGCAAAUGCAUUGAUUUUGAGCGGGCAAUAUUGUUCUAGAGAGACAUAUAUAACUUACACCUAUUAGUACAUACAUAUCUAGAUAUGUGUAUAUAUAAGUAU